AUGUCUGCCGAUGACCCGUUCUCCUUUCUGCCCGCGGAGCAGGCCAAACCCGCGAAAAAACACUGGAAAACAAAGCUGUUCUCCAAGGAUAAGAACAAAGCUGCGGCGCAUCAACACCAAGAAAUCGCAGACUUCCUGAGCUCUCGCACCCCAGAAUCAGCUGCUCCCCCGCCUAUCGACCCGAGAUACAUCUCGCAAACCGUUGCCGCCCACCGUUUUCCUUCCUCGCAAGAUGUCUCUGGAUUACCCCCCUCCAAGCCAGUCCCCGCCCCGGCGCUAGCGUCGGCGCCAGUCUUCCCUCGCGAGAACUAUGCCUCUUUCAAUUUCUCAGACCAAUCUGCUCCUGUGCCCGCCCCCACUCCUGCCGCUGCUAAGCCCGCUCGGAAAGGCAAAGGGUUGCGGGUGGGGUUCAGCCCUCAAACCCCAGAAGUGAUUGGUGAAGGAGGCGAUGAGACGGAAUCGCCAACAAUUGAGAUUUCGCGGGCUCGUGAAAGAUCGAACAGCAAAGGAACGCAGUCUGGCAAUAUCCCUGCGUCCCUUCCGGAGUCUUCGCGAUCAUAUCCGCCAAAUCUCCGACUCGACACAUCGCUGGACGAUGUUAUGCGACCCAGACAGGCGGCUAGUUCGCCUCGGCAUGAUGGAUCAGACUGGAAACCCGCGCUGAUGCAAAAUCCUCAGGAUGCAGAGUUCCUGAUGUCGUUGCCUUUGAGCGACAGCGGCUCUCGAUUGUCAUUCCGCGGCGAUACCGAGGCAAGUUCGUUCGCACAACGUGUCCGCGACAAAAUGCAAGCGGAGGAAGGCCGUGCAUUGCAUCACCGCUAUGAUGAAGACACAUCAUCUCCUGGAGCUGAAGACGACGAUAUCUCAACUCCGCCCAGCCCACAAAGCCCAGAACCGCCCAUAAAAGCUUACAAUCCCAAAUUGGCCCACGAAACAGCCCCAACGUCGGGGCUUUCGCACGCGCCGUCGGCUUCUCUGUCGAUGAGGUCUAUUGUCGAUUCGAUUCGGAACCCCCCAAACCCCUCUACACAACACGCACCAGCGAAUCUCAGUCCCGUUGACCCACGAAUGCCCACGAAUCUCAUACCAGGUAGCCCCGGCAAGGCUUCACCAACAUCUGCCAAACCUCCGCCCCAAGACCUGCCUGUACCAAACCGGGCGUCGCCUCCCAGACGUGAAGGCCAAGAGCCGCCACAUAGCGCUCAACCACCCAAGUUCUCUCUUCGAACUGUUGCCAAUCAAGUUGGCGAUACCGCAUUUGCUGAAUUCAAAGAAUACAAUGCGCAAUAUGCAAAUUCUAUUGAACUUGCAGCAGAGGACGUGAAACCAUUGAAAGAAACAUCGCUAGCAGAAUGGGUUCGGGCUGCGGUCUGGUGGUUUUUGCGAGGAAAGACACGAUUGGAAACAUAUGCCCGUUCUCGUUCGACACUACCACCUACAUACGCCAGGCAAGCUGUGAUUGACCUUGGAAAAGCAUUAUGGAUAAAUGAACAUAUUGUGCCCAGUCAUCAUGAGCUCUCUCGAUAUGGUGCCAUGAGCGUUGAUGCUCUACUAGCCGUCACGAGUACCACCGGCGACAAGGAGUUAGCUGAUCUUCUGAGUAUACACCACACUCUUAUCAAUCACCUCCGGUCGCUGUCCAUGUCCAUCAAACGAAACAACAUCCUCGCCGUGGUCAUCUCCGAUGAAGGCUCUCUCAGCCAGCUGGAUACAAGUAUAUGGCUACGUUACCCUUUCUAUGCGCCUGACGUCUCUGCAGUCUUAUCCGGUGCAGCAACGAGGUCAAUGCUGGCAGAUAACGCGGGAAGGACCCCAAGUUUGGUGCACAUGAUGCCUUUGGGUGACACAAGUCGAUACUUCAGCUAUGGUAGUAUGUUCGUGCAGGUCUGCGUCAGCUCCAGUGAUGAUGAUGGACAACAGCAAUAUGCUAUGCCAUGCGCAUUGACCAUCGUCCGCGAAAGAGCGGACUGGUAUGUAUUUGCGGCCAUCACUAGCCAAAGUCAACUUGUCAACAUUUUGAUUCAGUCCGAUCGCAAGCAGGGACCGACUUGGGAAGAUGUGGAUUGGCAAGUGCGGUCCCAUUCUAUGCGAGUCAAGCUUCCCCGAGGGUUUGAGUUGGACGUUAUGUUCAAGGAAGAGGAUUUCAAGACCCUCUGGAAUAUCGUCAAAUACACCCAGAAGUCAGAGAACAGUCUCCAUCCAGAGGCAGGCGAGACCGUGGUAUUUGAGAAUACUCUCAAAGUUUUCCAAUAUAUGGAUCCAGGCACACCAAAGGCGUUCCCUCCAGACCCUACGGAGAGAUGUCGAAUCCGUUUGUUCGAGCGAUCUGUCACCGUGACAGAAGGCACUGGUACUCGCAAUGCGCAUCGGGGAUUCCGGCUAGCCAUUUUGACCAGCCCUAAGGUCAAGACUUUGAGCAGCAUUCGCCAUACUUUGGGCAACGGCUCACCAAUAUUGUUCGGCCUCUUGCGAGGAGAGGAUGGUGCUCCCGCUCUUCUUCUCAAAGUAACCGAGGACGGCCGUACGAGAUCUAUGCUGAUGACUUUCCACGAGGUGGCUGAGCGCACGAAAAUCCACUCCGUGCUGCUUGGCAUGAUUCCACGGGAAGGAGAGAUCAAGUCGCCCGAAUUCGCUAUCCAGUCUUACUCCAUCGAGCAGCCUGAAGAUGCCUUCACCGGCCAGCCUGCGGUCAAACAUCUCCAGUUCCCCGCCGGAAGCGUGUCCGUCAUUGACCAGGAACAUGCUUACGUCGAGCAUGGUUAUGGACCGACAAUUCUAUCGGAACAUUUGAGGGCCUUUAUCGCCACUGAAUGGGGCUCUGUCACGGAUCGCAUCAACCUAGGACCUGGUGAAUUGAAAAUUGGCCUGGAUGUCCAGAGCAAGACGAGCAUGAGCUUGUUCCGCUCCGCGCAGCAGGAUUUGACCCUGUCGCUUGCGGAUAACUUAAUUCGCCCUGAACUAGCAGGGCAAUUAACUGGCUUCCUUGAGAAGCUUACGGCGAAGCCCAUGAUCCGCCGGCUGGACUUCCCAACCAUGCAAGAUCUGCAUGCCUUUGAGGCAGCUGUGACUGGUUUCCAUGUGCUUUACGAUGGUAUGGCUACAUCGUUUACCAUCUCCCGCCGACGGAGUAUGGUUCCCAUUUACAAAAAAUGGGAAGCUUCCCUGGCACGGGUCCAGAUUGUUCGACAAGAGAAAGUCGUUCAAAUGCUUGCUUUCUUCGGGGACUUCCAGCAUGGUACAUGUAUGAAUUUUGUUCUGAAGGGUACUGAUAUCAUGGAGUCCUUUGGCCGGUCUGGCAAAUUUGGUAUUCGCAUGGUAGAUGCCAAGUUUGCAUUGCCUAAGAAGGACGACAAUCCCGCCUCCAACUUUGUGUGCCUCGACAUGCCCGAGUAUCCCAUCGAACAUGAUGAUCUUACCAUUACGUUCGAUACAGAAGCUUCACGCGCAAGUUUCAAGGCAGCACUUCCUGGAUUAGUUCGGGAACCAUCGCGCAUGGGCUCUAUCCGUCGAUGA